UUGUACACAGUGUCCAAUUUAUGACUAUCCACCCACUAAGCCUCUCCCAGUCUCACAUUCACUUUCACAACCUUAACAACAAACUGAAAACAACACAGAACAAUGUCCCAACCCAGAUUCAUUGUCAUGGCUUUCCCACGUUUGGCACUUGUUCUUCUGCUUCACACCCUUCUCCCAAUCUGCAAUGGCCUAUUAGUUGUGGACCUCAAUUUGAGUGAAACUGCUGUGAUGACCAAAAGGGUUUGCACCAAAAGCAUUGGAGAGUGUUUGGCAGAGCCAGAAAUGGACUCAGAGAGCAAUAGGAGAGUUCUGGAAGGUGUGCAGCACAUAAAGUACAUUAGCUAUGAGACACUCAAGAGGGACAUGGUUCCAUGUGAUAGAGCAGGAGCUUCUUACUACAAUUGUCAUGCAAGACCAGCAAAUCCUUAUAAUAGGGGCUGUGAGGUCAUUACUGGAUGUGCAAGAGGUGUUCAAGGCAUCAAAACUUGAUACAGUUAUGGUCAAUUGAAUGGAUGAAGGAAGCUAGGAAAGUGUCCCAAGUGGCUGUAUCAUGUAUGUUAUUAUUCUUAAUUUCCUUUUCCAUCUAAUCCUGUUUGUUUCAUUUAUGAGCUUUCCUGUGUAGUUAUUAUGGUCAUUGUUUUUAUACUUUUCAAAUGCUUUUUAUUUAGUACUUUCCUUGUAACAUAUGGUAUGACUAGCUUGAUAAUGAAAAUAUCUAGCUUUUGUUCUUGAGAACAUA